CUCCACCCACGAGAGCAGAACGCAUAUAAAUUAACUUUCUCAUUCUUUAUAUGAUCAUAGCAAAGCAUUCUUCUUCUCCAAUUCUAAUAUCUUUCUCCUUCUCUGCAAAAGAAAAAACGCUUUGUUUCUUCCGUUCUGUUCUUCAUAGACCAUAAAAUGGAAAUUAAUGGGCCAAGGAAGAUCACAUUAGCGGGGCAGCGGGGAGGAGACGGUGGGACCAUCUGGGACGAUGGUAAAUACACUGGUGUCAGGGAAAUUAUUAUCGUUUAUGACCGUUGCAUUGACUCCAUCCGUGUUGUGUACGAUAAGAACGGUAAGCCCUUUCAAGCACAAAAGCACGGGGGUAACGGAGGCAACCACACUGCUACCAUUAAGCUGAUAUAUCCAGAGGAGCACAUAGUAGCUGUGAGUGGUCAUUACUGCCCAGUUGUCUAUGGUGGCACCCCAGUAAUCCGAUCACUGACGUUCAAAACGAAUACGAGGACCUUGGGACCAUACGGAGUGGAAGAAGGAAGGUCCUUCACCAUCUCAAUGGACGGGGACCUCAUUAUAGGCUUCAUGGGACGCAGUGGCUGGUAUUUAGAUGCUAUCGGAUUCCGGUUGAGUCGUGCCCAAAUCACCACCAGUAUUUGCCAUAAGGUUCAGCAGCAGCUCAUCAAACUCCGCGACCAUUACUCAAAGUCCUCCACCGACCAUGAUAUUCAAAAGAAAACCGGUCAUUGAACUGAAAAUAACCCUCUUGUUAACAUGGUUUUCCGUUGAUUCCUUGCUACUUUGAGGCUCAGACUGCAUUAGUUGAUUUCUUAGUACCUUGUUGAUGCUCACUGUGUUUUAUUUUGAAGUUUCCAAUCAAGGGCCGAGUCUUACCGGUAAAAAAUAAAUAAAUCAAGAAUUGAGUUUUUCCACACACAUGAAUCCCUUGACCCUGAGGGGUUCAGAUGGUAUUGACAGGGUAUAGUGCAAGCGGUGGGGGUAUUAUCAACUUUGUCCCAUAUGGAGACAGACAUCAAAGACCUAGGAUAGUUGUUGUGUCGGGAAUGUGGAAUGAAAAAUCAAUAUUUGGCCGUCAAGAAGUUCUUUCAAUGGAAAAACCUAAUAGAGAGAGGCUUUCUCUCCCUCUCUUUGUAAUGGACCGCUCAAUCUGAAUCCUCAAUUUAUUAGUAUGGGAUCAAUAGAACAAGAUCGUUGGGCUCGUGAUU